CAACCUGGAAAAACGUGAAGAAAGAAGUAUGGCAGACAAACAGGAGGAUUUGCCUCUGGACCGGGUGCAGAAGGCAGUUCAGAGCACUGCAGGCUUUCCUGAAGACCAAAUCCACCCCAGACUCUGCUCCUGGACGCGAGUCAACACCUCUCCCUCUUCACACUAUGGCAGAUCCUCAAGCAGACCCAGAACAUCCCCGUGUGAUCCCUUACAAGACACCGAGGACAAGCCCUUUGAAGCCAAACGACGGCUGCUGGGGAACUUUGACAUGUUUCUUUCAGACGACCGCAUUCGCCGCCUACUGUCCUCGCACAUCGGCAAGCACUUCUACGAGAGAAAGAAGGAGCCUUUGUCAUUGAACCUGCAGAGCAAAAAGCUGGCCUUGGACAUCCAGAGAACCAUCCAGGGAACAACAACCUCCAUUUCUAAGAAAGGCUGCUACUGGUGAGGCCUGCUCUCUGACUUAGUCACAUGGCUUAUGUGGCCCACUCUGGGAUGGCUGCAGAUGAAAUAGCAGAGAAUAUUGAUUCAGCUGUCAGCACCAUCGUGACAAAACUAC